GCUGUUAGUGAGAAGUUCCCCCUCUCUGCCUCCUGCGCCCUGACUACCUCCUCUUCUCAGCCCCAACAGGAAGGAGUCAGAAUCCCCCGGCAAAACUGGGGCAGAAACAGGUGUGAAGAGGUGACUCAAUCCACAGUUUUGGGUGAAAGAGAACCUUCCGCAUGGAGGUGGUCAGGAAAGGAGGGCCCCACGCAUCCGUGUGCUUGGGCUAAUUAGCCAGAUUCCGUCUUCCUCUGGGCACUGCAGCCUCGCUGGGACCCACUCACCCCCGGGCCAGGACCCCGGUACCGGCACAACCCAUGUGGCGGUACCUGCAGGGCCCGGCAAAGUGCGCGGGCCCUGGAGUUGGAGCCCACAGACAGGGCAGCCACCAGCUGCGGACAAGGAGCCGGGAGGGGCCUCCACCCAGCUUGGCGGACUUAGGACUUGAAACCGGGAGGAAGGAAACCAAGAAAGCAGUCCUGGGAGCAGGGAGCUCAGGGGUGCAGCGGAGGCAGGCCAAGUUUCUUUCCCAGGACCAAAUUAAUGAGUACAAGGAAUGCUUCUCCCUGUAUGACAAGCAGCAGCGGGGGAAGAUAAAAGCCACGGACCUCUUGGUGGUGAUGAGGUGCCUGGGGGCCAGCCCGACACCAGGGGAGGUGCAGCGGCACCUGCAGACUCAUAAGAUAGACAGAAAUGGAGAGCUGGAUUUCUCUACUUUCCUGACCAUUAUGCACAUGCAAAUAAAACAAGAGGACCCAAAGAAGGAAAUUCUCUUGGCCAUGUUGAUGGCGGACAAGGAGAAGAAAGGCUACAUCAUGGCAUCGGAGCUGCGGUCGAAACUCAUGAAACUGGGGGAGAAGCUCACCCACAAGGAAGUGGAUGAUCUUUUCAGAGAAGCAAAUAUUGAACCAAAUGGCAAAGUGAAGUAUGAUGAAUUUAUCCAGAAGAUCGCCAUUCCUGUGCCGGACUACUGAAUGGAGAGAAUGCAAGAGAGCACCCCCUGGGCCUGAAAACCAGACGGAUGAAUUUUUAGAAAGAAAAGCGUUCCUUUCACUCUAGGGAGACAGCACAGCGGCAUGACGCUCCCUGACUGUAGCAGAGGAUAACGUAUCAAUGAAAAUUAAUGAUUUCGGCCAUGGUAUUAGCACAUCCUUAAUAAAAGAUUUUUAUUAAUUUUAA